CCCUUCUUUUCUUUGUCUGUGGGUCUUCCGCCACCAUCAAGGUGGAAGGGGCGCUGCGACUCCCGAUUGGAGCUCGCGCUGUCUUAGCCUCGUGCCUUCGGUACCCUUCGCGAGGGGUUUAUGGUGCCCUCAGCGCGGAGCCAAAUGGGCAGUACUUGUGGGAGCCGGUGGGCGCUCUCGCUCCUCCAGACCUAGCGAGUCCGGGUCCCGCGAAGGCCGGGGAGCUGCCUUAGGCCGCUCUGCAGGUUUGGGCGGAGAGUGUGGGAGUGUCAGAUAUGAAGCAGCGUGUGUGUACCUUGACCGGCGAAUCCGAAACCCGAGCCGGAGGCUUGGCUUAAGAGCUAGGCCGCGUCAGGGACGGAAGAGGUGUUCAUGAAGUUUUAUCAUCUAUUUAAGUAAUCAAAAAUGGAAAAUUCUGCAAAAGCAGAGGAUUGUGAAAAGAUCUCUCUUGAAGAAGAGAAAGCAUCAAUCAAUUCGGUAACAGAGUCUUCAUUCAGCACUAAUGAAAGCACAACUGCUCCUGGGACUCGGCUUUUUGAAAAGGCUCCUACGCAAGUAGAUACUCCCCAAAAAAGAAAAAUGGAGUUUGCAGAUGAUCUUGUAAAAGAGAGUGACAGCUGUGGAGAAGACACUCCAUCUAAGAAAAGAAAACUUGAUGCUGAAGUUGUACCAGAGGAAAAAGGUUCUGGUGAUGAUGAAGGCAUUUCAAAGAAAAGAAGACUGGAAACUGAUGAUUUUCCAAAAGAUGAACCUUCUCCUGUAGAUGGCACUCCAAAAAAGAGAAAAAGAGAACUUGAGGAUGAAAAGCAGAAAAACUUAGAAGAAGGACACAGCUCAACAGUGGCUGCCCACUACAAUGAACUUCAGGAAGUUGGUUUGGAGAAGCGUAGCCAAAGUCGCAUUUUUUACUUAAGGAACUUUAAUAAUUGGAUGAAAAGCAUCCUCAUUGGGGAAUUUUUAGAAAAGUUGCGACAGAAAAAAACACGUGACAUUACUGUUUUGGACCUGGGAUGUGGUAAAGGUGGAGAUUUGCUCAAAUGGAAAAAGGGAAGAAUUAACAAGUUAGUUUGUACCGAUAUUGCUGAUGUUUCUGUCAAACAGUGUCAGCAGCGGUAUGAGGACAUGAAAAAUCGUCGGGAUAAUGAAUAUAUUUUCAAUGCAGAAUUUAUAACUGCUGAUUGUUCAAAGGAACUUUUGAUUGACAAAUUUCGUGACCCAGAAAUGCGUUUUGACAUCUGCAGUUGUCAGUUUGUCUGUCAUUACUCAUUUGAGUCCUAUGAUCAGGCUGACAUGAUGCUUAGAAAUGCUUGUGAGAGACUUAGCCCUGGGGGCUAUUUUAUUGGUACCACUCCCAAUAGCUUUGAACUGAUAAGACGCCUUGAAGCUUCAGAAACAGAAUCAUUUGGAAAUGAAAUAUAUACUGUGAAAUUUCAGAAGAAAGGAGAUUAUCCUUUAUUUGGCUGCAAGUAUGACUUCAGCUUGGAAGGUGUUGUGGAUGUCCCUGAAUUCUUGGUCUAUUUUCCAUUACUAAAUGAAAUGGUGAAGAAGUACAAUAUGAAACUCGUCUACAAAAAAACAUUUCUGGAAUUCUAUGAAGAAAAGAUUAAGAACAGUGAAAAUAAAAUGCUGUUAAAACGAAUGCAGGCCCUGGAGCCAUAUCCUGCAAAUGAGAAUUCCAAACUUGCUUCUGAAAAGGCAGAUGACUAUGAACAUGCAGCACAGUACAUAAAGAAUAGUCAAGUAAGGUUACCUUUGGUAUUUACUUGGUUUUUGCAUUUGAGAAGCAGCAGUGAGCACCAGAACCAGCUAUAUUUCAUCUUAUACAGAUCUGAAUGAUCCACCUUAGAUAAAUUUGUCAACUUUCUGUUUAAUUAUUUUAAAUGUACAGGAUGGUGCCGGAAACUCCAGUGUAUACAUUCAAUAUUUGCUGUCUGUGACAGAUGAACUUUUGUGUGUGUAUAUAAGAAUAAGUUGGGACCUUUGUCUUUAAAAUCUAUUUUUAAUGUUCUAAGAAUUCCAUUUGCCUCUACUCUCUUAGCUCAUAAAAAUUACAGUAUGACUUGUUGAAGCUGCUGAAUUCUUUCCACAGUGCUCUGAUUUGUUUUGUCCAUUUACAGUAUUAAAUUUAUUGCAGUUGUAGAAUUGAUGAGGGAGUGUAAUAGUUUGCAAGUGGGUUCUCUCAUUUCUAUAGUUUUAUAGUGUUUUUCAAGAUUAAAUGGAUUGCAUAUCUGUACAAUUGAAUGUAAGAAGUAUUCAGUAGGUAUCGCUAAAGUAAUAAACUAAAUUUUAAAUGGUCAUAAUAGUUAUUAACCUAGAAUUUUAGCCAGUUACUACAUUUCGUUACAAAUAGUAACUAUUUUAUUUGCUAAUAUGACACAUUUCUGGAACUGGAUAGAACAUUUUGGAUGCCAGCACAGAACUGCUUUAGAUCUGGAGGGCUUUCUCUGAAGAAAUUCCUGCCAAUUAAUGUUUCUAGGUAUCAAGAAUAUAAUUAGAUUUACCUUUCUUCAUUGAACAAAAAUGCCAUCUUUUUUUCUCAAGAUAUAAUAAAAACUCUCCCAUGUAAACCUAUUGCACAUUAUCCUCAGAUUUAAAUAUGGAACUGCAAUUGUAGGAUGUGACUGUAAAAAAAAGCUGACCAACUUCAGAUUCAUUCUCCCAUGUUAGAUCUAGGUUAUCACGUUACAUGCUAUAGAUCCGUUACUCCUUUCAGCCCACAAAGAAGCAGCAGUAUCUACUCCUCAGUUACAAUGUACUUUGCAUGGUAGCAUCCAGCAUCUCAUCACCAUUCAGAAUUUGCAUUUGCUAUUUCAAAACCAUUACAAUCAUCAUGGCUUCUUGCUUGACUGCUCAUCCAAAAUUGACAGCUAGGUGAACUGUUGUCCUAAAUAGUGUCACAUCACAAUUUAGAAAACUUGGCAAUUUUUAGAUGUAGUAAAAACUUGAACAAAGCAGAGCAAUUACUGCAUAUUCUUUCAAAAAUAAUUUCUUUAAAGCACGUUUAGAAGACAUUAUUUAUCUAAUAAUCCUGAGUACUUGUUUUAAAAGUAUAUUUCUCAAUUUGUUUAUAUAUGUUAUUGUUUAUGGUGUUGGAAUAGCAAAUCUUUUAGCAAGAAACAUGAAUUACCUAAUUUCUGUUUCUUCAGUAAUCUGUCAAUCACCAAACUGUUAACAGUUUACAAAAAGUAAGUCUUUUUCUCUUGGUGGUGAUUGCCAUGAGUCAUUUGGGGAAAUAAAUAAUAGUACUUCCAAUUAUAGUGGCUGCUGUUAGCUAGCUAGCUCAGAUUUUUGUAAUGGUGCGGAGGAGAGGGAGGUGGUGAGCUCUUAGUAUUGCAUAUCCAGGUUUAUUUUAGUUCUGGAGGAAGUACCAGAGAGUAUUGUGAAAGUUCAGUAGAAACGAAAGCUUUAUUAUUUCCUAUCAUUGUUCAUUUAAUGGUCUUAGUUGAGUCUAAGCAAAUAAUAAACCGCUUUUAGCCUCCUCCUGCUCUUUCCACUCCAUGGAUAAUUUGGGAGAAUGGAAGAAUCGCCUAAGGAUGGCGUAACUGUUGUAAUAGAAAGUAGAGAGAAAAGCAAGGUCCAGGGCCGUGGGUAGAAAGAAGCAGAAGAGAUCCGGAAUGGAUGGCACAGGGCUCAGGUCUGAGUGAGCUGCUGUGUGUGCAGGAGAGGCGCCGUCACCCCUGAGGAUGUGGAGUUGUGGAAGUUGCCCUUUCCCUUGAGCUUAGUUGGCCUCAUUACCUUCUCUGCACUUGUAUUAGGAAAAGGUGGCCCCUGCCCACCAUCACCAAGGCAAAAGCUGGUAGGACCACCCCUCCCCACCACAUACACCUGCAGUCUAAAUAUUUGGUGAUUUUCCAUUAAAGAUAGGGCUUUUCAUUGUCAGAUCAGUGAUGUAAGUGGUUCAUGGGAAUGACCGCAGGGCACUCCCAGACCUGCCAUUCAGUUUGUCCUCUGAAGAUGAAAGUAGAAAUUAGGGGAAAGCAGCCAUUUGUGGAAAGAACACAACCUGAGAUUGGAAGGACUGCUCUAGGAACAUGGAGUAUGAUAUAACCAAGAAUACUCAAAUUGAAUUCUUUGGGCCUAGAGUAUAAUAUGCUUAAGGAAAGGCAUUACUAGCCAUAGUGUUGAGGGAGAGAAAUGGCAAUUCCAGCUGCAUUCAAAGGGGCGGUGUCCUAACCUACAGACAGCAAGAAGCCUGGAGGUAGUAACUGCUCUUUCUGUGUCUACCAAGCCUCUGGUUCUGGUGUAACUCCCAAAGAAAUUUGCCUGAAGGGAGAGAAGGCAUUGAUUUAGAGACUUUGACCUCUGUUAACAAAUCCUUACAAUUAUCAGUACGGUUUCCUGGCUUAUCCCCUCCCUAACUUGGAAAUUGAGGAAAUAGGAUUGCGGUCUACAUUUGUGUUAAUAGCAUAGAUAGGGCAUCAGAAAAGAUGUUUACACUGCGAGACAGGCUUUGAGGCGAGGUGCAAUGUUGAUCAUCAUUGGAGAGGCAGAAAAAGCGUCAGCUAUCAGCUGUUCAGAUUUCCAAUCCCAUUAGCUCUUUUGGGAAUUUAUUCUUCAGCCUUCAUAAGCAUAUUGCCAUUAUGUUAUUUUGAUAUGUCUUCAAGUAUUCUAAUGAAGAUUGGGCUUGCGUAGGUGUGAGAAAAUGCCAGUGUGAAUAUUCUCGUGGAUAUUCAGUAGGACAUUAUUUUUCACUGCUGAUAAAAUGACUUUUUGUUGUCUACCUCAGGCAUUGAUGUAUCAUGAACCAGUCACUGCCACCCUCUCUGGGUUUUUUAAAUAGAAGCCAGAUCCAGGGACCAGGGCUGUAUAAAUAAAGUACAAAAACGCUUGUGGCAUUUACUGGCCCUUUGGUCAGCUAGGAAGCAUAGGUAUAUGAUGUCAUCACCUCCCUAAUUGCUAGUAUAUAAAAUACUACACAUCUCAUACGAAGUUUCUUCAUUUUCCACCCUCUGACAGCAACAUUCCUGGUUCCUUGAAGAUAACAGAUGCAGUGGGUGCUACACUUAUUUAAUGGUAGGCUUUUUACAGAUACAUAUGUAGCUGGCGAUGGCCAGGCCACCUCCUCCACCUUGUGUCCUCGGUUCCUCCUCUGCUCCAUUUAGCCAUGAAGCAUGUGUGCCUGCUCCUCACUGCAGUACCGAGCAUGUGUGGGACGCCCAGGUUUGCCUGGAGAGACUUAGGGUCAGUCCCAAAGCCCUCUGCUCCCUGAACUCCUGGGCCCUGCUUCCUUGGGGACAGCAAACCUUGGACAAAGUCAGCUAACAUUAAGCACCUGUCUUAUGUCAGUCACUUUUCUAACUUUUAUAUGGAGCUCAUUUAGCCCUUAUAAAAACUGCGGUAAGGAUAGGGCUAAGUUUAUUUUGAUGAGGAAACAGGCACAGAGGGGAUACAAACUUGCCCAAGGCAGAGCCAAGAUUGGAACAUCCCACAAAACCCAGUCAGGCCUGCAUUUCAAUUGCAUGUUAUAUUCCUCCAGGGGUGUUAAAAAGGCUCAGAUGACUCCUUGCCCAUCCAUCCUGCAACUUGAAGUGUUAACUAUUGGGACACUCCAUCCUUUUGUUCAAAACUUAUUUAAGUGUUCUCUGAGAGGAACAUUUACUACCAAGUAAGGCUUUGGGGCAGAGAGCAGGGGGAUCAUUUAGGCACUAGGGGACGAGGGGAGAAAGGGAAUGAUCAGCAGGCAGGAAGGCAGUCUUCAUUUCACAUUUGGUAGACCUCCUUCAGCAGUCGGACCCAUUGCAGGUCUAGGUUAGUCCGUAUGCUAGUCAGGGAGGGGUGCUUCUCUCUUCCCCUCACCAUUGAGAACUGGCAGGAGUUGAGAGUGUAGCCAAGGGGAGAGGCCAAGAGAAGGAAUCAUUUCAUUCAGCUUCGUUUUAGCUUCUUAUUGAAGUGUAACUGAUUUUUCACAAAUGAAACACAUGAACACUCUGUAGCCAGAUCAACAAUAUUACCAGUCCCCUGGAAGCCCCUCCUGCUCCUCUCCAGUUACUACCUCCCCACUGGAACCACUAUCUUAAUUUCUAAGAGCACAGAUUAGUUUUGUCUGGUUUGGGAAAUUACACAAAUAGAAUCAAAUAGUAUGUAUUUUGUAUUUGGCCCAUUAACAUCGUGAGACUUUUAUUGCAUGUAUUUGUUCAUGGUUCAUUCUCAUGGCUGUAUAGUAUUCCACUGCAUGAAUAAACCACAUAUUAUUUAUCUGA